UGUGUGUGUGUGUGUGUGUGUGUGUGUGUGUGUGUGCGUGUGUGUGUGUGCUUGUGCAGCUGUCCGGGUAUUAAAUCUGUGAAUGUCAUUGUCUUCUUGUUCUAAUGUGUAACUCACGCUGUGGCACCGGUAUAUAUCACGCAGUCGGUUCUUGUCAGUCUAGCGGACGUUGUCUCUGCUGGUGGGGAUUCACUGGACCGAAUGCAGUAUACGUUGUCAACGGAAAUCUACACCAUCGGAUCCUGGCUGACCCUGCACGGUUGCAUGUACUUACAAUCACGUCUACUACAACAAGCAAUGUGCUAGUCUGCCAGGCUGACCACUGCACAGUGGCAUGUACUUACAAUCACGUCUACUACAACAAGCAAUGUGCUAGUCUGCCAGAGACCAGGACAGCAGCACCACAGACUACAACAGCAGUGCCACAGUCUAUGACAGCAGCACCACAGACUACCACUGCAGCACCACGCAUUACCACAGCAGCAGCACGCACUACCACAGCAGCACCACAGACUACCACAGUAGCGCCACAGACUACGACAGCAGCACCACAGACUACCACAGCAGCACAAUACACUACCACAGCAGCACCACAGACUACCACAGUAGCGCCACAGACUACCACAGCAGCACCACACACUACCACAGCAGCACCACACACUACCACAGCAGUACUGGUGCCACACACUGGCACAGCAGCACCUAAGACUGUGUGUCCUACAUUCACGUUAGGUGCCAUGUGCUCUCAGAUGUGUAACUGUUCGUUGAAUUCCGUCUCUUGUAAUAACGUCAGUGGUAAGUGUAACUGUGCACUGGGCUACAAAGGAUUAUGA